AUGGCUCCACGAAAACCCACCUCCGAAGAGCAACAAGAAGAAUUACGCCAGAUGUUGGAAACGUUUACUAGUGGUCUACAUGAUGCACUCCUCCACGCCGUGGAACGUGCGUUAACUACGACCCAAUUGCAGAGAAUCAACCAUCGUCAUGAUAUUCAUCGAGAUAAUCAAGGAGAACACACUCGUCAAGAUACUCGUCUCGAUACUGUCCGCAACAACUCUGCGUCCCGCUGGGAAACAGGAUUCAGGCUUGAUAUUCCAGAGUUUUCGGGAUCUCUUAACCCUGAAGAGUUCAUUGAUUGGCUGCACAUGGUGGAAGAGUUAUUGGAGUUUAAACAGGUUCCUGAUGAGAUGCGAGUUGCCUUGGUUGCUACUCGUUUCAAAAGCCGUGCUAUGGCUUGGUGGCAACAACUUAAAGAAUCGAGACGGCGUGCCAAUAAAGAUCGAAUCGACUCAUGGGAACAAAUGAAGAAACAUAUGCGUAGAAGCUUUCUUCCUUUUAACUACGAGCGAACAUUGUAUAACAAGUUGCAGAACUUACGACAAGGGACACGAACUGUCGACGAUUAUGCCUCUGAUUUCUUCCAUAUGACUGCACGCAUGCCUUCCAUCGAAUCAGAAGACCAACUGAUCUCUCGUUUUAUUGGCGGUUUGCGUUCCCAAUUACAGGUAGCUCUUCAGCAAUUUAACCCAGUCUCUGUUUCAGAAGUUCAUCAACGUGCCAUAGCCAUGGAAACACAGCUUCGUUCGACAUGGUCUGCAUCUUCUGCCCGCUCCCGUUUUACUCCCCAAGCGAUUGGUGAUGCUUCUCUCGGGUCACCGUCUGAUCUCGCGGCAACUCGUCUGAAGUUACCAAAUCAAAUCCAAUUACAGAGACGAUUGCAAAUUCACGACCUGCUCGUCCCAAUGCAUUACGAUGCUUUUCGUGUGGUGAAAGAGGUCACAUUCAAACUUCUUGUCCAAGAAACAACAAGCGAGGCUUACUGCUCCAAGAGACCGAUGAAUUGGAGCCACGUUUUGAUGAGUAUGAUUCUGACUCCAAGGAUGACACCAUCGAAGAAGUUAUUCAUGGAGAUACUGGUCUCAAUUUGGUUCUUCGACGCAACUGUUUGCUUCCUCGAGCUUCACAAGAGUCUUGGCUGCGAUCUACAUUCUAAGGAUGCAGUUGUCAAACUCGGCCUCAAAACAACACCACAUCCUUCGCCUUACCCAUUAGCGUGGCUAAACAACAACACCGAGAUGCGUGUUACUCAGCAAGUGAUGGUGGCGUUUUCUAUUGGCAACUACAAAGAUAGUGUUUGUUGUGAUGUUGUUCCUAUGGACGCUUGUCACCUUCUGUUAGGACGUCCAUGGCAGUUCGAUCGUGAUGCUACUCAUAAAGGGCGUACCAACACUUACAGCUUUGUUAUGGGGGAUCGAACUAUCACGUUACUUCCCUCCAAAGAACAACCAGAGUCUUGUGUGCUUUCUCAACAUGAGUCCAUCACAAAACCCAAAGUGAGUUCUUCUCAAUCUCUUUUGCUCUUACCUAAAGCUGCUUUUGAGACAGAAUUGAAGACAUCAGACGUAGUAUGGGCAUUGAUCUCUUCUCCAACAACAAGUGAGGCUUCUCCUAGCAUACCCGAAGCUUUUCAGCCUUUAUUUGAUCAAUUUGCAGACGUCUUUCCCGAUGAUCUUCCUCGUGAAUUACCUCCACUCCGUGAUAUUCAACACCAUAUUGAUUUGGUGCCUAAUGCAGUUUUGCCGAAUCGACCGCACUACCGUAUGAGCCCACAAGAGCAUGAUGAGUUACGUCGUCAAGUUGAAGAACUUCUCCACAAAGGGCAUAUCCGAGAGAGUUUGAGCCCUACCGCUGUUCCCGCUUUGUUGAUUCCAAAGAAAGAUGGUUCUUGGAGAAUGUGUGUUGAUAGUCGUGCUAUUAACAAAAUUACGGUCCGAUAUCGUUUCCCGAUUCCUCGCUUGGAUGAUCUCUUGGACCAGAUUGGACGUGCUUCUAUCUUUACCAAACUGGAUUUAAAAAGCGGUUAUCAUCAAAUCCGUAUUCGACCUGGUGAUGAAUGGAAGACAGCGUUUAAAACCCGUGAAGGUCUCUUGAAUGGAUGGUUAUGCCGUUUGAGUCAUUUACAACACUUGGCUGAGGUCCUUCAUGUCUUGCGCCGUGAUAAGCUGUUUGCAGCUAGGAAGAAGUGUCUUUUUGGUGCGUCACAGGUUCUCUUUCUGGGCUAUAUCAUCUCCGAUAAAGGCCUCCAAGUGGAUCCUAGCAAAGUGGAAGCAAUUAAAUCUUGGCCGACUCCGCGUUCUAUCACUGAGGUGCGAAGUUUCCAUGGUUUGGCCUCUUUUUAUCGACGGUUUGUCCAUCACUUUAGUGAUAUUACUGCACCAUUAACUGAUUGCAUGAAGGGUUCUUCAUUUAAGUGGACUCCAGAAGCUGCCCUCGCCUUUGAAACUAUCAAACAGAAACUGGUUUCAGCUCAAAUUCUAGCUUUACCUGAUUUUUCUGUGGUUUUUGAGUUACACUGUGAUGCUUGCAAGCUAGGAAUUGGAGCUGUCUUAAGUCAACACGGACGUCCGGUCGCAUUCUUUAGCGAGAAGAUCGCUGGAUCUCGAGCUCGUUAUAGCACUUAUGAUGUUGAAUUCUAUGCUAUCAUUCAAGCUAUCAAACAUUGGCGUCACUAUCUCUUUCAUCAAGAGUUUAUUCUCUAUACUGAUCAUGAUGCCUUAAAACAUCUAGGCAGCCAAGAGAAGAUUUCUGCUAGACAUGCUUCAUGGAUUGCCUAUUUACAGCAAUUCACUUUCGUCAUAAAGCAUCAAUCGGGUCGUACAAAUAAAGUUGCAGAUGCUCUCAGCAGGCGUCAUACUUUACUGGCUACAUCUGCAGCUUCAGUAACAGGAUUCUCUACGUUUGCAGAGUUAUAUCCAGUUGAUCCUUUUUUUGGACCCAUUUGGAAUCUCCUGCAACAAGAACGUCAUCCUGAUUUUCUGUUACAAGAUGGAUUCAUAUUUCGUGAUACAAAGCUUCUGCAUACCUUCUUGUAG